UCUCUCUCCUUCACGCUUCUCACAGAAGAGAGAGAGAGUGAGCACUGACACAGCGAACGAGAGAUUUCUAGAGAGAGAAAGUAAGAAGACUGAUACAUUAAUACGGAGUGGAAGGAAAAAGUAGAGUACACUUUCGAGUGGUGAAAAAAUUAAGAAAAGAUUUGGAGCGAGCCAUUCAAAGUGCGGAGGAAGGGAAGACUACACUCCUCGCAAAAGUCCGACGAUUUCAGAUUUUCCGACACAUUGGAGGAGAAAAUUGGUUGCAGGAAUCUCGCCCGGUUUGAGUUAGGGGAUAAGGAUAGGGAUCGGGUGCGGCAAUGUUGGGGAUAAAUUGGGGGUGAAUUCGUUGCUCGAUUUGUAUGGGCGCGGACAGAGGAAGAAUGCGGUGGUGGUGGUCGCCGGUGGUGUGGUUGAUCCUGGCGGAGCUUCUUCCAUUGAUGCGUGUUUAUGCUAAUAUGGAAGGUGAUGCGUUACAUAGCCUUAGGACGAACUUAGAUGAUCCGAACAAUGUGUUACAAAGUUGGGACCCUACCCUUGUCAACCCCUGCACAUGGUUUCAUGUCACCUGCAACAAUGAUAACAGUGUGAUAAGAGUUGAUCUUGGGAACGCCGCACUAUCUGGUCAGUUGGUGUCUCAGCUCGGACUUUUGAAGAAUUUGCAGUAUCUGGAAUUGUAUAGUAAUAACAUUAGCGGGCCAAUACCGAAUGACCUUGGAAAUCUUACUAAUUUGGUGAGCUUGGACCUGUACUUGAACAGCUUUAGUGGUCCCAUUCCAGAAACAUUGGGCAAAUUGUCGAAGUUGCGAUUUCUCCGGCUUAAUAACAACAGCUUGACGGGCCCUAUUCCAAUGGCAUUAACUAAUAUUUCAUCCCUUCAAGUACUCGAUCUAUCAAACAAUCAGCUUUCAGGCGCAGUUCCGGAUAAUGGUUCCUUUUCAUUAUUCACACCUAUAAGUUUUGCAAACAAUCUGAAUUUAUGCGGUCCUGUCACCGGACGGCCCUGCCCUGGAUCGCCGCCCUUCUCUCCACCACCACCAUUUGUGUCACCACCACCGAUUGCAACCGACGGAGGAAACAGCGUGACUGGAGCCAUUGCUGGAGGGGUUGCGGCCGGGGCUGCUCUGUUAUUUGCAGUCCCUGCCAUCGCAUUUGCAUGGUGGCGUAGGAGAAAACCGCAGGAAUAUUUCUUCGAUGUUCCAGCGGAGGAAGACCCCGAAGUCCAUUUGGGACAACUCAAACGAUUCUCUCUCCGAGAGCUGCAAGUUGCGACCGAUAGUUUUAGCAACAAGAACAUAUUGGGGAGAGGCGGGUUCGGGAAGGUGUACAAGGGACGUCUCACCGAUGGUUCGCUAGUUGCCGUCAAGAGACUAAAAGAGGAGCGCACUCCCGGCGGCGAGCUUCAAUUUCAAACUGAGGUCGAGAUGAUAAGCAUGGCUGUGCACCGUAAUCUUCUCCGACUCCGCGGCUUCUGUAUGACUCCCACCGAACGGUUGCUCGUUUAUCCUUACAUGGCGAAUGGAAGUGUCGCGUCUUGCUUACGAGAGCGUCCGGCGAACGAGCCGCCGCUCGCUUGGGCGACGAGGAAGCGGAUUGCUCUGGGAUCAGCAAGAGGGCUAUCGUAUCUUCACGAUUACUGCGAUCCGAAGAUCAUACAUCGUGACGUGAAAGCUGCAAAUAUAUUACUCGACGAAGAUUUCGAGGCUGUUGUUGGCGAUUUCGGUUUGGCUAAACUCAUGGACUACAAGGACACGCACGUGACGACAGCCGUGAGAGGGACAAUAGGGCACAUAGCGCCCGAGUAUCUAUCGACGGGGAAAUCUUCGGAGAAAACCGACGUAUUCGGGUACGGGAUCAUGCUUCUCGAGCUGAUUACCGGGCAGAGGGCCUUCGACCUGGCGCGACUUGCGAACGACGACGACGUUAUGCUGCUCGACUGGGUGAAAGGGCUUCUGAAAGAGAAGAAAUUGGAAAUGUUGGUCGAUCCCGACUUGCAGAAGAACUACGUCGAGGGGGAAGUCGAGCAGCUGAUUCAGGUUGCGCUGCUGUGCACGCAGAGUUCGCCGAUGGAUCGGCCGAAGAUGUCGGAUGUGGUGAGGAUGCUGGAAGGCGACGGGCUGGCGGAGCGGUGGGAUGAGUGGCAGAAGGUGGAGGUUCUCCGGCAGGAGGUGGAGCUCGUGCCGCAUUCGAGCUCCGAUUGGAUCGUCGAUUCGACCGAAAAUUUACAUGCAGUUGAGUUAUCUGGGCCAAGAUGAUGAUCGAUUUUCUGUGGUAGAAAUUACAGGGAAGUUGCAAUUUUCUGUUUGAAAAGCUUCAUCUAUAUAUAUAUAUUUAAAUUUUUUUUA